GCUUAAGGUCAGCUGUUGUUAUUUUUAAAAUCAUCUCGGUAAUGAUAAACAAUUGAAUAUCGCCGAUAUUAUGAUAAGUUUCGCGACAAAAUAUUUACCCACAAGAGUUUUUCAAGGUUUAACAGCCACAUACUGCAGAGCAUCUGCGUUACUGAAUAACGGAUUUAGGGGCUGCCAUAGUUCACAAAUAAGCAUUUCUUUCAAAAACAUGAAGGUGCAAGUGUUGCCAGCUUUGACUGAUAAUUAUAUGUAUUUGAUUAUCGACGAGAAAACAAAACAAGCAGCUAUUGUGGACCCUGUUGCACCCGAUGUGUGUCUAGAAGCAGCCCGAAAGGAAGGAGUGAACCUAACAAAAGUUUUGACAACCCACCACCACUGGGAUCAUGCUGGCGGCAAUGAAGACCUUGUAAAAAAAUCGGAUAAGGCCCUGCAAGUGUUUGGUGGUGAUGACAGGAUCGGGGCUCUUACUAAUAAAGUUCAACAUGGCGACAAGUUCACCAUUGGUGAUAUUAAUGUUGAGUGUUUGUUCACCCCAUGUCACACUACCGGCCAUAUUUGCUACUAUUUAACUUCUCCGGGCGAGACGCCUGUAGUUUUUACAGGUGAUACCCUUUUUAUUGGGGGCUGUGGGAGGUUUUUUGAAGGUACCGCCGAACAAAUGUACUCUGCUCUGGUAGAUAAGCUAGGGAAUUUGCCUGGAAAUACCAGGGUUUUUUGCGGGCAUGAAUAUACGUUACAAAAUUUGAAAUUCGCGAAUUAUGUGGAGGGAGAAAACAAGGUUAUACAGGAAAAAAUUGAGUGGGCUAGACAGAAGAGAUCUGAAGGGAUACCAACUGUUCCAUCAACAAUUGAUGAAGAAAAACAAAUAAAUCCUUUUAUGAGGGUGAUGGAAAAAAGUGUUCAAAAUCACGUGAAUUUAAAAGAUCCUGUGGAAACAAUGAGGGCCAUAAGAAAAGAAAAAGAUAAUUUUAAAAGCAAUUAAUAAAAAAAAAAUAUUUGUUGUUAAUGUUUUAUUUUUAUAAAUUUUAUUAUUAUUAAGGUACUUGGUG